CCCGCAACAAACACGCCUCCCGGGUCCAUCUCUGUCAUGUCGUGUUGUGACGUCGCAGCGCUCGUUUUUAUCACUCUAUGAAUCAGUCGACUCUUGCUCAUUAACCGCUCACCUGUACAUCUUUAGAUGCUAAAAUGAUUCUCCGGACGUUGUGGUCCAGAUUGGGAGCCCAGCGACCAGUACAGACGAAACCAGUCUGCAUCUGGGCCUCUGCCGGUCUGUCCCAGUCCGUCCAACCACACAAGCAUGGAUCCAAACCCAGUACUCGCUCAGACUGGUCUGCACCAAGGACCUAUCAUUUAAACCAUCUUCACCAACAGCUGAAGCAUACAAGACAUGUUCUGCCUGCUUUAGCUGGAUUUCAAAGUAAAAGCACCACUUUGAUAACCGACCAUGGGAUGCUGAAUGAAUGUGGAGGUGGACAGAAGCGUUUUUAUUCUCCUGACCUUGUGAAGUCGGUGUUAAAACCAAGUUUAAAACCAAGUUUGAAACCAGCAGCGGUGCCUGGGAAAAGGGUUCCCAAAGGACCAAGAACUAAACAACCUUCCAGAGCCAAUCAGCCUUCUUUGAACGUGGAAAAGGAUAUGAUGCAAUGUAUUGCCUUUGCAACAGCAGACCAGUAUCAUUUGCCAACACUCUGUCACGACUUGAUAAACCACGGCUUCCAAGAGAUAGAUUUACCAAGAGAUGCCUCAAACGUGCUGGUGAUAAGCACAGACAUGGCUGCAAAACCAGACGACGAUGCUCUAAUGUUCUUCUUCAGGGAAGGCUCAGUCGUUUUCUGGAAUGUUGAAGAGAAAAUGAUGAAAAGGGUGAUGAGAAUACUGGAACAUCAUGAGAUCCAGCCCUAUGAAGUAGCAUUAGUCCACUGGGAAAAUGAGGAGAUUAACUACACUGUUGGAGAGGGAAACACAAAGCUUGAGAGUGGUGACUUUAUCCUGAGUGACCAGAUGGAUCAACAUGAAGCUGUUCUGGAGAAAUUUGCAUUUUCAAAUGCAUUAUGUUUGUCAGUGAAGCUGGCGAUAUGGGAGGUGUCUUUAGACAGCUUUGUAGAGUCAAUUCAAACAAUUCCAGAGACGCUGAAAUCUGGCAAAAGAGUGAAACUGUCCUCUGCAGAGGUUAUGAAGAAGAUAGGUGAACUUUUCAGCCUAAGACACUGUAUAAACCUGAGGUCGGACCUGCUCAUCACACCUGAUUUCUACUGGGACCGAGAAAACCUGGAAAAACUCUACGAUAAGACGUGCCAGUUCCUCAGCAUCAACCGCAGAGUCAAUGUUGUGAACGAGAAGCUGGAACAUUGUUCACAGUUAACAGAUUUGAUGAGGAGCCACCUGAGUGAGAAGCACAGCUUGAGGUUGGAGUGGAUGAUAAUCAUCCUCAUUGCUAUCGAGGUUAUGUUUGAACUUAAAAAAAUGAUCUUCUAAGCCGGCUCCUCCAGCAAUGCACAAAUCUAUUAAGGACACUGGGAGCUACAAAAGGAGAAUGCUGAUCUAAACAAAGGUACCAUGUCAGUGAACUGUGACAAUGUUUUCUGGAAGAAGCUGCAAUCGUGAAGCGGACCUGAAUAUUUUUGAUUGUCUUACUUUUCCUGGUUCACAGUACAAACAUUUCAACAACACACAAUCAAUUUAUAUUCCUUUUUCUUUUUCUUUUUUAACCAUCUCUAUACCGGUUUGCUGAAGAUCAUGGCACAAAACUAAGUGCAUCAGUGGGACUUUUUAAACUUUAAGAUCAGCUGACCACACACUAUGUUUUUUGUUUUGUUUUGUUUGCUGAAGUUAUGUGUUUAAUAAACAUUCAUUUAAUUUUUACGAUAUUUGCAAAAGGUUAUGAAUCAAUUAGUAUGAAAGAUACACAUUUUUAAGGGAGGACAGGGACUCACUUCAACAUGUGACAUUAUUUUUGUGUCUGAAACACCAGAAGCAGAAAAAGAAGACAAGAUGCGAUAGUUUCUUCUAAUUUAUGAAGUUCAGGAACUCUAACUGUGAGUGCUGUGUUAUAAAAGAUGCAAUAAAUGUUUUAA